AUGAACAGCGCGGAUAACCACCUCUACAUGACGGACGACGACGACGACGAUCAAUGUGAUGCUUACGACGCAGCAUAUAACGAAUCCACCAUUCUUUACGAUGGGAACAAGCAGGCCGUCACGCAUUGCCUGAACCAGACCAAGGUCUGGUAUCGACAAAUCGUGAAAGAAAUGGGCGGGGGUGUCAACAACAUCGAGAUCGGCUGCCUCGACCUCUACACGAUUGACAACAAUGACUCGAUGACGGACACCGGGUGGACGACUACGACAAAGACAGCAACAACAACGAGCGUCACCCCGAUUCUGAUGUCCAAGCUGGCCCAUCGGAGGACGGCUCAAACAGACAACCAGACGACGGACCGGAAGGUCGGCCAGAGGAUGCCGUAUAUGGCCAAUCAGAGGACGGCGAAGCUGCUAGGGUACCGGACGGCGAGGCCGUUGAGUACAUUCUUCCUUUCGCUCAUCUUCCUCGCUGAUGCUUCACAGAACCGCGCUAACGAAGUCCCGAACGCCGUCCAAGACCACGGCGAGGAUGCAACCUUGCUCGCUAGCAGGGCUCGCAAUAUGGAGAUGCAAAAGCGCGCGAAGACCACUCAGAAACUUCGUGGCUGGUCGGUUCUGCAUGGUGAUGAGCCCAUGACUGCUCCUGCUCCUACCGGCGCUGCCUCCACCGACAGUCGUGGUCAUCACAUCAUUGCUCAGACUGGAAGCGGAUAUCAUCAGCCCGUCAACCACCUUUCGAGAGGGGGAGGAGGUGCACUCGGUGGGCUGCAGGGUGUUGAAUCCAGACGUCAGUCUGGAUGUCGGAACCGCGAAGCAAGCAAAAUGUCGCAAGUUAGGCGAUCGCGGCAAAACAACAGUGGAAAUAUUCCAACCGUGACUCAUCUUGAGGAAGGCGCACGCGGUGGGCUGGAGGACAUCGAUGCAGGACGUCAGCCGAAACGACGGAAGCACGAAGCGGGCAACACAUUGGGAGUUGAAGGAUCGCGGCCAAAGAGCAGGGGCACUACUCCGGGAUUGAUCGCCGCUAGGGAUUGGUACAUCAAGAAACACAGGACGACGUUGUUACGCGAAUGA